AUGGCCCACAGAUUACUCGUUAACGUCAUUUUCACAGGUGCCUCUGUGUUUGGACGUGCCUUUACGGAGGCCUACAAGCAAGCAGCCAAAGCUAGUGCAUCUGCUGCUGCUACUGGCGCUACCAAGGCCAAGUCUGCCGGCGGAAUCCCAGUUGAGGAGGCAUUGAAGAUUUUAGAUAUUGAGAAGGAAGAGAUUUCUCCUGAAGAAAUAGAAAAGAAGUACCAGUACCUUUUCGAUGUGAACUCGAAAGAAAAGGGUAACUCCUUCUUCUUGCAAUCGAAGGUUUAUUAUGCCUCAGAUACUUUACGGAAGGAGCUAGAGUAUCUACAAAAGAUGAGGGAGGCCAAGAAUGGCGAAAAGGAGACGCUAUUGGGAAAGCAAUGGUCUACUAACAUGCUCGUUGACCAACAGUUGGACCCUCAGCAAACAGUGGCUGAGAACUUGAACACUGAACAACAUAUCAAACAUAAGCUAUUGACUAUUGACUAUACGGUUUGUCUACUACAGAGAAGAGUUCAGGCUUACGAAAUUCAGGUGUUCAUCAGUGACGGACUGGAAACUUAUGACUACAGCAGAACAACUAAAUAA